CGCGUCUGUGAGGAAGAGAAAAGGUAGUGUCGGUUGUCAGUUUGAGGCCUGAAGAAGUUUAGUUUGGGGACUGGAUGGCUAAAAGAACACAGCAUAUUUCGCCUUCAGCACUGGAAGUUGUGCUGGAUUGAAAGAAUCUGCUAAAGAAUUGCUUUGGAGAAUACUUGCUCAUCUAGCAGAGUGCCUUUGGACUUUGAAGAUGACGACCACUCUUUCUGUGCUGCAGGAGGAACUGGCUUCUGUUGACAGCGAGCUUCAGGCCGUGGAGAUCCAGGUUCAAGAACUUCUGGAGCGCCAGCAGGAACUUAUUCAGAAGAAGACUGUGCUGAAGAAGAAAAUAAAGCAGUGUUCUGACGCGGAGAGCGGGGGGAGUAAAGACGCUGAAUCGACAGCCAUCGCUUGGAACAAGGAAGAUUUUCCUUGGUCCGAGACGAUCAGAAGUGAGUUGCAGAAGAGCUUUAAGCUCCAGAAGUUCAGGGCUUUGCAGCUGGAAACGAUCAACGUCACAAUGGCCAGAAGAGACGUGUUCCUUGUCAUGCCGACUGGCGGUGGGAAGAGUCUGUGUUACCAGCUCCCAGCAGUGUCUUCUGAGGGUUUCACCCUGGUGAUCUGUCCUCUGAUCUCACUUAUGGAGGAUCAACUAAUGGUCCUGGAACAGCUGGGGAUCUCUGCAACUUUGCUAAAUGCCUCCAGCAGCAAGGAGCACGUGAAGUGGGUCCACGCUGAAAUGUUGGCUGGCAAUUCCCAGCUCAAACUGGUUUACGUGACUCCAGAGAAGAUUGCCAAAAGCAAGAUGUUUAUGUCCAAGUUGGAGAAAGCUUACCAAGCGGGAAGGCUCACGCGCAUUGCGGUGGAUGAGGUCCAUUGCUGUAGCCAGUGGGGACACGACUUCAGGCCUGAUUACAAGUUGCUUGGUAUUCUAAAGCGGCAGUUUCCCACCGUGCCGUUGAUCGGGUUGACUGCGACCGCAACGAGCCACGUUCUGCAGGAUGCACAGAAAAUCCUGUGCGUUCAGAAGUGCAUCACCUUCACUGCGUCAUUUAACCGGCCCAAUCUGUACUACGAGGUUCGGCAAAAGCCUUCAAACGCUCAGAGUUUAAUCGAGGACAUCGUUAAGCUCAUCAACGGAAGAUACAAAGGCCUCUCAGGCAUCAUCUACUGCUUUUCCCAGAAGGAUGCGGAGCAAAUUACCAUGAGUUUGCAGAAACUGGGGAUCAAGGCGGGCACCUACCACGCGAACAUGGAGCCCAAAGAUAAGAGCAAAGUUCACAAGCGGUGGUCUGCUAACGACAUCCAGGUGGUCGUGGCCACUGUCGCUUUCGGGAUGGGAAUCGACAAGCCGGACGUCAGGUUUGUGAUCCAUCACUCGAUGAGCAAGUCCAUGGAGAACUACUACCAGGAGAGUGGGCGCGCAGGUCGGGACGACCAGAAAGCUGAUUGCAUCUUAUACAACGGUUUUGGGGACAUGUUCCGAAUCAGUACCAUGGUGGUGAUGGAAAACGUUGGUCAAGAGAAGUUGUACAACAUGGUUUCCUACUGCCACAACGUGAGCAGGUGUCGCCGGGUGCUGAUAGCUCAGCAUUUUGACGAAGCUUGGGACUCUGCCAACUGUAACAAAAUGUGCGACAACUGCUGUCGAGUGGAGGCGGUUGAGAAGAUGGAUGUGACCAGGCAUUGCAAGGACCUUGUCAAGAUUUUAGAACACGUGGACCGCCUGAAAGAGAAGUUCACUCCUCUGAAGUUGGUGGAUGCCUGGCUAGGGAAGGGGCUGUCCAAACUGGGAGUGGAGGUCGUCGCCCCCAAACUUCCCCGUGACGCACUGGAGAGAAUCGUUGCCCAUUUGAUACUGCAGCGCUAUCUGAAAGAAGACUUCAGUUUCACAGCGUUCGCGACGAUAUCCUACGUGAAGAUAGGGCCUCGGGCCGAUCUCCUGAAAAACCAGGCACACGUUAUCACUAUGCAAGUGGUGACCAGCAGCAAGAAUAGUAUGAAGGUCGAGUCACCUCCUCCACGUAGCCUGGGAAGUCCGAGUGGAGGGAAACGGAAGACUGCGCCCAAAAAAGCGGACAGGGGGCUCAAACAGUCUCCUUCCAAGCACACUGUCCAAGCAAAAAAGUGCAAACUUCAAGCAGAUGAAGAGGAUGAUGAUGAGGGUGAUGAUGAUGAUGAGCUAAUGAUCAUUGAAGAUUAAGAGAGUGGAUUUCUAGAACUGUAUCUAAAUCUGCCUUUGGAGGGAUGGUCCAGAGACAAUGCAUAUUUUUCAGCCAAAAGUGACAUUUGAAUUGCUGCUCACCCCCAUGUGGGGAAACUUUUUCUUCCAGUUGUAGCCAUCUGAAGAAAAAUCUACUUUUUUCAUCAACGGUCCUCCCAAGUGUGGGAAAAGGUAUUUAGAAAUAUGGCCCAACUUCUAAGCUGGUUUGUCUUUAAACAAUGACAAAAGUUGUUUUGUGACGGUGUCCACGUUUUGAAGCAAAUUUGGAAGUACUUCAGAACGUUUGUCCCAACCUAGCGUUCUUGUUUACAAUCCCCACUGAUCAAAACACUGAAAUAAAGGAAUGUGACAUUCAGUUACAGAACAUCAAAAGAACCAAGUGGUGUUUUACAGAUGGAAGAGCGCUUGUGAGGACCAAAGGGGGCAGAGGCAACAGUUUAUCUGGUGUAGGUGAGAAAGCGUGAAUGUCUGUACUCUUCCAGUCCCUGCUUGUAUCAUAGGCCCUUUCUGUAGUCUUCCUUUAAUCCGUGUUCGCCAUGGUGUCCUCCAAGCAAUUCUGCACUAAAAUCGAGUUCAGCUUUCUUUUUAAUCCA